AGUCCUUUACAAAGAAAAGCUCCUCUAGACAAAACAGGAGUAAGCAGCUGAUGGUUGUUGAGAACAGUGUGGAAGUUGCUCAGUUUAUUAACAACCACCCAGACUUUCUCACUCUUGCGGAGCCCUUCUGGAAGGAGCUGGCCAGCCUUCCAGUCGUCUAUGAGUACAACAUCUACCGAAGACUUAUUGAACAUUUUGGGACUCAUUUCUUACACUCUGGAUCUCUAGGAGGACUUUACAAAGUUAUUUUUUUUAUGGAUACUGACAAAAUGAAAGCAGAAGGUAUGAGCAUAACAGACAUGUACGAGUGCACCACAUCAGGCUGGAAUGCAUUCAUUGUGAAGAAGAAGAAAGUAAAGUGCUCCAAACUGGAUGAAUUGCUGCAGACUUCUUCAGGAAGCAGUGGUAAUAAGAUUAAAGGAGACCCCUACAUAGAAGGAGGAAGCCCAGGUGCUGUUGCUGGCCUUAGCUAUCUAGAGCUGAAUAAUCCUGCUGGGAACAGUCAGAGAUACUCCUUUUGGGCCAGAUCAGUGACAGACUAUCCGAGAGUAAUCAAACAAAAGCUAACACCAUUAUAUGAGCUGGUAAAGGAAGUGCCCUGCUCUUCAGUCAAAAAGCAUUACCUAAAACAAGCCAUUGAAGAAUAUAUGGCUGAAAAUGAUCCCUGCAAAUGUCAGCCUUGCCAGAAUGGUGGUGAGGCAGCUGUGGAAGGAACUCAGUGUGUGUGUUACUGCAAGCCUUACACCUUUGGAGCAGCUUGUGAGCUGGGAACUCUCGUGCAAGAUCAACCAGGUAUUGUUGAUGGGCACUGGAGCUGCUGGUCUUCCUGGAGUCCUUGUUCAGGGGGAAGGAAAUCAAGGAGUAGAACCUGCAACAACCCCUCCCCACGUGGUGGUGGGAAAGCCUGCAUAGGAGAGCAGCAUGAAAGCAGACCAUGUGAAGAUGAAGAAUUGCAGCAUUUUCGCUUGAUUGAACCGCACUGUUUUGAUUUAUCCAUAACUCCUACAGAAUUCUGUUCAUUUCCUCCUCUCUUGAAAAAUGGAUUUGUUCAAAAUGCUGAAAACUCAUACCCUGUUGGGAAAAGUAUUGUUUAUGUUUGCAGACAUGGAUAUUCUCUUGUUGGUGAUCCUGUUGCUAAGUGUGGCAGUAAUUUACAGUGGCAAACUGGAGACAGAUAUUGCCAAGAAACCGCUUGUCUCCUGCCUGUCUUGGAGGGGAGUUUGCAAGCAGAGCCAUGGAAACCUGUGUAUGAGAUUGGUGAGAGAAUAACUCUGUCAUGUCCACACAGCAUGCACUUAGAAGGGGCACGCUCCAUUUUGUGUGAGCCCAGCCUCAAGUGGUCUCCUGACAUGAAGGCUAUCCAGUGCAAGAGAGCAGUGCCCAGUGUGAAACCAGAAGUGACAGAGCCUAAAUGUCAGCCAUGGGAGAAAGUGCAUCAGUCGCAGUGUGUGUGCAAAAUGCCCUAUGAGUGUGGUCCUUCCCUGGACAUCUGUGCUACAGAUCAAAGAACCAAGAGAAACACACCUUUAACUGUUUGCAAGAUGCAUGCCUUGGAGUGCAUGGGCAGAAAAUAUUCUCUUACUAAUGCAGAAAACUGCCAUGUACCUCAGGCAGCUGCAAUAUCAUGUGGAUCAUGCCGUUCAUGGGAAAAAUGUGAUGUGCUAUCCAACAACUGCGUCUGUGAUGAAGACAGGCUGGGCAAGGAGGGCGGCAUCCAGAUCUGUGCUGAAGUGAGUGGCUCUGCUGCCCGUCAGACCAUGACUGAGUGGGAGGCCGGGCAGCUCAGAUGCCAGGGGCAGACUGUCACCCUUGUCGGCAUAAGGCCCUGUGAUGUACAGAGCAAAUAAGAUAUGUUACGGUUCAUUUUGCUUAUUGCCAUGGGGUA